CUCUUCUAUAUAUAGCCCUGGCAUCGACGCCAUUCUCCUCUCCUCCAUCCUCCUCUUCCUCCUCUCUCGGGUCUCGGCGAAUUGGAUCGCGCAUCUCGUGUUCAUUUCAACUUUCAAGCCCUCCAUUACAUUAAGUGGUUCUUUCUGAAUAUCAAAUCGCAACAGAGCUGGGUUUUUAUGGCCAUCCCUAUGAAGCAAUCCGGAUUCCUGGUAUAGAUGUUUCCUUGUUCUGAACAUGAGAAGUUCUCAGGUAUUCUGCUGUUGAUGAACUGCCUCCACACCUGCAGUGACAAGAAAACGCUGAAGAAGUGGUUUUUCAUCGACAAGACAGUAGGCUGAAUUCAAUAGAGAGAAAGAAACAACACUCGACACAGUUUUUUUCCUUGAUUCAUCCCCAAUGGAUAUGAGCACCAGCUCACCUGUCAUCACCGAUCCGGUAUCGAUAAGCCCCCCACUGUUAGGAAGCUUGACGUCAAACCUGAUGCCGUUUUCAGUCAUGUCCGGAGGCUGCUCCAGUCCCGGCAUGAACGUGAGCGCCAGUAGGCGUACGAUCGAAGAGGUCCUUGUCAAUGGCCUGUUGGAUGCAAUGAAAUCCUCAUCGCCGCGCAAGAAGCACAAUCUUGCCUUCAGCCCGGGCGACUCACCUGACGAAGAUCCUGCUUAUACUGCAUGGAUGUCAAAAUGCCCUUCUGCUCUGACGUUCUUCAAGCAGAUAGUAGCCAAUGCACAGGGCAGGAAGAUUGCUGUGUUUUUGGAUUACGACGGUACCUUAUCACCUAUAGUGGACGAUCCCGACAAAGCAUUUAUGUCCCCCGCGAUGAGAGCUGCUGUGAGAAAUGUUGCAAAGUACUUCCCUACAGCAAUUGUCAGCGGAAGAUCCCGCAAGAAGGUGUCUGAAUUUGUAAAACUGAAGGAACUAUACUAUGCCGGAAGUCAUGGGAUGGACAUAGUGACAUCUGCAGCAGAACACAAUACUGAAAAGGGCAAAGAAGCCAAUCUCUUCCAACCUGCUUUCGAGUUCCUUCCUAUGAUUGAUGAGGUUUCCAAAUCCCUCUUGGAGGCCACAAGUGGAAUUGAAGGUGCGAAUGUUGAGAACAACAAGUUCUGUGUAUCUGUACAUUACCGCAACGUAGCAGAGAAGGACUGGGAAGUGGUUGCACGACUCGUAAACGAAGUCUUGGAGGCCUUUCCUCGUCUCAAAGUGACCAAUGGGCGAAUGGUUUUAGAGGUUCGUCCAGUGAUCGACUGGGACAAGGGAAAGGCCGUCGAGUUCCUGCUUCAAUCGCUCGGCCUAAACGAUUCUGAAAAUGUGAUCCCCAUCUACAUCGGAGACGAUCGAACAGACGAAGACGCAUUCAAGGUACUUCGAGAGCGGAACUGUGGAUAUGGAAUACUAGUUUCGCAGGUGCCCAAGGACACCGAAGCCCUCUACUCGCUGAGAGACCCAUCUGAAGUGAUGGGGUUCCUCAAUGCCUUGGUGAGAUGGAAGAAGCACUCACUGUGACAAAACCGAACAAUACGAUUGAUUGAUCCGGAAGUCGUGAAAGUAACUGUAGUUCGUGCGGCGGCAAUUUUGUAGAGUUGGACACAACGGGUGGCUCAUUCUUUCAUGUCUGUCAUUGUUUUCUUUUGUUUGGUUCGUGUUCCUUGCCGCUGAGAAAUGAUCAGUGGUUGCCUCACCCUCCUGCAACUGUAAUUUGUAAGCAAGAGGGGCCCCUUUUCCUGUUCAGUCUGGUGAAUAAAACUGAGACGCUUAACUUUUUUA